UUUUCUUCUUCCUCCCAUCAGCCAGCAGUUUCCGGUACGUGACCGACGUGAGUUUUUCUCUUUUCUUUUCUGCGGAGAGUCUUUGCUGGAAACACGCAGACAUGCCCCUCGCAAAAGAUUUGUUGCACCCCAGUCCUGAGGAGGAAAAGAGGAGACACAAGAAGAAACGGCUUGUGCAGAGUCCUAACUCCUACUUCAUGGAUGUCAAAUGUCCAGGUUGCUACAAGAUCACCACAGUAUUCAGCCACGCUCAGACAGUAGUGCUGUGUGUCGGCUGCUCCACAGUUCUUUGCCAGCCGACGGGAGGAAAAGCUCGCCUGACAGAAGGAUGCUCUUUCAGGAGAAAACAGCACUAGUGUAACCAAACCUGGCUGCACAUGUGAGAAGGAGAACUUGAUGGACGUCAGGUGACGCUGCCAAAGAUGCAACGUGGGGGAAAAAAAGGAAAGGAGACGACAGGAAUGAAUCAUGUGAAGCAGUUAGUGUAAAAGAAGUAACUGGCCCGGCUGGAAUCCCUCAAACACCUAAUAUCUUCUAAUUGUUCUCUCUAAAUAAACCUGGGAUUCACAAGUUGAAAUGAUUUCACGUUUGUCAUCCAGUUUGUUGCUUUUUAUCUUUUGACGGGUUUUGAGCCCCACUGUCAGCUUACCACAUUCUCAUGAAGAGGAAUCCUGUUAAUUUGUAGUUGUGGGUCUGAAUUUACCGCUUUAAGCCACACAUUCGUGGGAAAUUGAUCUUUAGUAAUGAGACUUGGCUACCCAGCAAAAUGGAUUCCUGCAGAAUCUUGUUCGAAAACACUAAAGCUGUUUUUAAGAAAUGGAGAGUCUACAGAUUAUCUUUGCUGCAGUUUUAUGUAACAGCCUUGAGCAUUAAUAUCUCAACGCUGUCGUCACUCUUGAGGGUUGAUUAUGGGGAAAGCCUUGCUUUGUGAAACGCGGCGCCCCCAGGUGAUAUGUUAAAUAAAAAUGAGGAGUGUAGCUGUAGGUUUGAGCCUUCAACUUCCUGUGGAAAUUAAGGGAAUUGAGUUCAGAAGGAAUGUGAAUAUUUGAAGCACCUUUCUGGAAUUAUUCAAUGAUAACUUCAUUGUUGCCUAUGCCUAUUUGUUUGUGUUGUGUCGACACAACUUGUUAAUAAAAUCAUGGGAAAGGUGA